CAGUGCUGGGGGAGAGAGAGAGGAAUUGGUCCAGCAUCUUUGGAGCAGCGGAGCGGAGCAGAGCGGAUGACAGAGACACACCGUCCUCAUCAGCAAAAUGAGGAGGAAUUAGCUCACCGACAGUCGCCGCCGUUCGUGUUUCCCCCGCCGCGAUGCAUAAACUGGAUGUUUAAAGACUGAACCUCUUCGUCUGCCAUAGAUCAGCGCGGAGAUCUGACUUUAUUCUAUCAAUGAGAUAUGUGGAGUGGCUCUACCGCCCGGUGGUAACGCAGAAAAACACAAGAUGAAGAAGCAGUUCAACCGAAUGAGACAGCUCGCCAACCAAACCGUGGGCAGGGCUGAAAAAACAGAAGUAUUAAGUGAAGACCUGUUACAGGUGGAGAAACGUCUGGAGCUGGUCAAGCAGGUUUCCCACAGCACACACAAGAAGUUGACUGCUUGUCUGCAGGGCCAGCAGGGAGUGGAUGUUGACAAGAAGUCUGUCAGGUCGCCCUCGAAAAAACUUCCUCUCACAACACUAGCACAAUGUAUGGUGGACGGGGCGGCAGUGCUCGGAGACGAGUCUCUACUAGGGAAAAUGCUGAAGCUCUGCGGCGAGACGCAGGACAGGCUCGCUCAGGAGCUCAUCCUGUUCGAGCUCACCACGGAGAGAGACGUCAUCGAGCCGCUGUACGACCUCGCAGAGGUGGAAAUCCCAAACAUCCAGAAACAAAGGAAACACUUAGCAAAGCUGGUCCUGGACAUGGACUCUGCACGCACACGGUAUUAUCAGUCCACUAAGUCUUCAGGGUUGUCCAGCAACCUGCAGCCGACAGGAGCCAAGGCCGACCACCUCAAGGAAGAGAUGGAGGAGGCAGCCAACCGCAUGGAGAUCUGUCGAGACCAGUUAUCAGCAGACAUGUACAGUUUUGUGGCCAAAGAAAUUGACUAUGCAAGCUACUUCCAGACACUGAUAGAAGUCCAGGCUGAGUACCACAGGAAGUCAUUAGAGCUGCUUCAAAGUGUUCUGCCCCAGAUCAAAGCUCAUCAGGAGACCUGGGUGGAGAAACCAUGCUAUGGGAAACCAUUAGAGGAGCACUUAGCGCUCAGCGGGAGAGAUAUUGCCUUUCCCAUCGAGGCCUGUGUCACCAUGCUGCUGGAGUGUGGUAUGCAGGAGGAGGGUUUGUUCAGAAUCGCCCCCUCUGCCUCCAAACUGAAGAAGCUGAAGGCGUCUUUGGACUGCGGGGUGUUAGACGUCCAGGAGUACUCUGCAGACCCGCACGCCAUCGCAGGUGCUUUGAAGUCCUACCUGCGGGAGCUCCCUGAGCCUUUAAUGAGCUUUGAACUCUACAACGACUGGAUCCAGGCCUCCAACAUUCAAGAUCAAGACAAGAGGCUCCAGGCUCUCCUCAACGCCUGUGAGAAACUACCCCCAGCCAACAAUAACAACUUCAAGUAUUUGAUCAAAUUCCUCUCCAAACUGACUGAGUACCAGGAUGUAAACAAGAUGACACCUGGAAACAUCGCUAUUGUCCUUGGACCCAACCUGCUGUGGACACACAAUGAAGGCAACAUCACAGAGAUGAUGACAACAGUUUCCCUGCAGAUCGUCGGUAUCAUCGAGCCCAUCAUCCAGCACGCCGACUGGUUCUUCCCUGGAGAAAUCGAGUUCAACGUCACAGGGAACUACGGAAGCCCCGUCCACACUAACCACAACGCCAACUACAGCUCGAUGCCGUCUCCAGACAUGGAUCAGAUCGACCGUAAGCAGAGUGAUCAGAGCCGACGGCCACUCAGCGUCGCCACGGACAACAUGAUGCUGGAGUUCUAUAAGAAGGACGGCAUUAGGAAGAUACAAAGCAUGGGUGUCAGGGUGAUGGACACUUCUUGGGUGUCGCGCAGGGGCUCCUCGUCCACGCGUAAAGCCUCCUCCACGCCACCGAGCGUGCAUCCCCCCAUCCCGCCCACUGACGCUCUCAUCCCCGAGCAGCCUGGGGAAUUCUCUGCCUCCCCCUCCCCCACCCCUCCUCCCACUAGCAGUGACCGAGCCAGCUCGGAUGAUGCAUCCUCCAAUUGGUCGGACUCCUGUUACGCCUACCCCUCCCCUGAGGAGGACAGGCCGCCUCCCCCUUACCCAUCUUCCUCAUCUUCCUCCUCCUCCUCUUGCUCUUCCUUCUCGCUCCCUCACCAUUUCUACACCCGAGCACCUCCGGGUAUGCGUCCCGUUGCUCCCAGCCCCGAGUCCGUGCCUUCCGGCCCGUCCCCCCCCCCCCGCCGCUCCGGCUACAGCCCACCCCCACUCCCCCACUCCCUCUGCCCAUCCCCUCAGCAGCUUGACGUCAACUCCAACCCCAAACCCAGCUCCCUGCACCUUCCCAAACAGGCCUCCUUGUCCGAUGCUCCGCAUGCGCCCCUGUCUGAAACGAAUGGCUCCACCCUUUACAUCAAACCCCCGCUCGUUCUUACACGUCACGAUCUGUUCCUGGGCUCCCCCAAACCCCCCAACACUCCCCUAUCUGCUCCCCCUCCAUGGGCAGCCUGUGCCUGUAGCCGAGAGCGAGGAGCCAAGCUGACUAGCACUCUGAAGAACAAGGAGCUGUCUCCAGUGAUCGGCCAGAAGGGAAUCCAGGGAACGAUGACCUCUUGUGGACAGUCGCAGCACUCUGAGCACAGCCCACACACCCUGAGGAGAGCUAAGAAGCUGGCCCCCAUCCCCCCUAAAGGCCCUUACUGUCAGACAGGAGCCAUGUCCGACCAGUCGACAGGUCAGCCGUCUCCAGUCAGCUUGUCGCCCACUCCUCCCAGCACCCCCUCCCCGUAUGGCUUCAGCUACCCGCAGGGAUACGCCACCAUCGGCUCCCCGGGUCAGAUCCAGGCGGCCACCACCCCGUCCCUCUCCUCGCCGCCCUCGCUGGCCGGGACUCUCACCAAGGCCAGGCCGACCCCCAAGCCACCCCGGCAGAGGCCCAGCUUACCUCCUCCUCAGCCCCCCACCACGCCCGGCGCCAGUCCCCAGCCUCUGGACCAUUCAGCAGGUCUCCUGGACGGUUUGUCUCCCGGGGAAAGCAUGUCCACAGAUUCUCUCUGCAACCUGGACAUCCCCGUCAUUAACAUGGAACUGGACGGUCUUUUUGACUUGCCCCACAUCUCCCCCUUCAGGAACUCAGUGGCGCUGCUCGAGUUGACCAACAACAGAGCAGAGUCGGAGGAAGAGUCUGAGAGCACAGUGCUAUGAUGCCACUGAGUCCCCCCUACACCCCCACCCCUGCAGGCUGAUUAAAUGAAACACAAUGCUACUGCUGCACCGUGUCGCUCCAACCCCCCACCCCCCCACGCUCAACUCAUUGACCUCUCACCUCUCCAGCUGGAUCUCAUUGUCUCACCUCACCUGUGCUUGAUCCAGAGGGGCCGACUUGUAAAAAGAAGCUCUUCUUCACAGUAAAACAACAAAAAAACAAGGUGAACACAGCUAAAAGAAUCACACGAGUUGUUGUGACAAUGUGGUCAGGGGAUUGUUGACAUUUUAUAUUGGCUGGAAAUAUGUCGUUUUCAUUAAUUUAAUUUUUUAUGUUUGUUUUUGCCUUAUUUUUAUUCACUUGCAAUAUUGCCUUUAACUACACACACGAGACUGGCUGCUGGGAGGAAUGAGUGCUCUUUGCUGCUGCUUCUCAUGAGUGACUUUUAGAAGGAAGAACAACACAACACUGUUCAUCUGUCCUGCCAACACCCAGGCUUUCUUCUUCUUCUUUCUUUCUCCUCGGUUCCUCAGGGGUGUCAGUUGAAAUGCCUCGCUCUGGCAUGUGGUGGCAACAAACCCCCGAAUUUCUGUCCCACCUGAGCGUUCACUGUGAGUGUGACAGUGUGUGUGUGUGUGUGUGUGUGUGUGUGUGUGUGUGUGUGUGUGUGUGUGUGUGUGUGUGUGUGUGUGUGUGUGUGUGUGUGUGUGUGUGUGUUUGUGUCUGAUGUGUUUGGUAAUUGUACUAUUAUGAUGUUGCACUGUUGGUGUCGUGGAGCAUAAACAGGAAUGCAUGUUUUAGAUAUUUAGGAAAACAACGACCAGGUUGCAAAGAGCUUCAACGCAGUCACCAAGUCACACUUUUCUCUAUAUUUACAUGGCAUUCAAUCAGGAUAUCAAUCACUGAAUAUUUAUUGUUUAUACUGUACAUUUUCAGAAUAUAUGAUAUGAUUAACAUUAUAAAUCAGAUCAAAUCAUAUUUUGUAUCCACAGGAGAGCUAUAAAGACACCACUUCAGAUAGAGUAUAGUUGAUGCCGUCAGGGAGCUGUUAAAUAUAAGAAGUACAUAUUGUAGGUUAUGGAAGGUCCAGUGAGAUGAAAAAUGAAAAACUCCAUGUGAUUACUCAUAGUUAUUUUUGGCAGCAAGCGAAGUUACAUGGGAUUCUUCAUUUUUCUCUGUAAAGUAAGGAUUAAUGUCAGUUUCAAGAAAGAGAAACUGAAUCCACUGGAAGACAAGAAUGUACAGGUUUGGUACUGAGGAGCCUGGAGUGUGCCACAGGAACAUUUACUUAAAUUAAAUUAAUAAUUAUAUUAAGUCCAACCCAACAUUUGAAAAUCAGACUAUUUUGAAUUGUGGAUUAGACUCUGCUUCCUUGCACGUUGCUGCCACCAACUGUGCGACAGCGGAUAGCAGGUAAAAGCACUGCUCCAUAGCUUUACUAGCAGUCAAAAACUACACAGGGUACCUUUAAUGUUUAUGUGCCAGACUGCUCACAUGACAAUUAGAGAAUCAUUCUUAAAUUAAAUGUUCGCAAAAUGAAAAUUACAGAUGUUAAAGAAAUGGAAUAUGAUAGAAAGACACAAGUGAAUGACCAAAUGGAAUAAUUGAAGAGCCUUUUUAAAAAUAGUUUGGCGGUUCAAUUUUAAAAUGUUUUCCAACAACUCCUGAGGGAAAUAUCUGGUUCUUUAGCUGCUAAAUGCUCUGCUAUAUUCAUUUAUGAGCCAAAAAUGACACUUGAGAGUGAACCAAAACAGUAAAGUUGUGGGUCAACCAAUCAAACCAAUGAGCUGAAAGAUGCUAAACACUAAUGAAAAUAUAUACAUAACUGGUUUCAGUUUUAUACAAUAUAUGUAAAUUACACUGGAAAAUUAACAGCUUUUUAAAAUUUAUCAAAUAAUUGAAUGAUUAUAAUAAAACAUUUUUUAAAAAAAAGCAUUAAAUUUCUCCGGUGGCACACUUCAGCCUCCGUAUGGGAGAAUCAUCCCUGGUGAGGCGUUGUCAGAGGAUACAGGCACAAGAUUGUGUCCUUGUGCCCUGAGGUAUUAAAACAUCCCAUCAUAUCAUAGCAAAGAACUGAAAACUGUCUUGACACACUCCCAGAAAAAAAGGUGCUAUUUUUUGUUAAAAAGAAAACCCUGCAGCCCCAGUGGUUAAAAUAAGCACACUUUUUUUCUGAUAGUGCAGUUUCACUUUCAGCCAUGCACUUCCUCAUUGCAGUUUAUAGGAAACCUGUCUGAUGAUGCUGAUAUUUUUGGUCUAUAUUAGUGAACUAGAGGCAAGUGCAAAGAAAUGUGUAUAUGUGUUUAUUUUGAUGAGAGUAUUUAUACAGAUAUAUUUCUGAAUACUUUUUACUAGGUCUGAGGAGUUGUGAUUGUUUCCACUACACAUGAAUCUCAUCAGAGGAUUUAAAAAAAAAAAAGAAGCAUAGAAACACGGGACCAGAAUUUUCCCUGCUGUUGCAUUAAAACCUUUUCAGGAAUCAGAAGUUCGGUUUAAGGGAAAUAAAACUGAAGUAACAAGGUUUUACAUACGACAGCAGCAGUUUGUUAUUUGCCUUGCGGUGGGUUUUGUUGUGACCUAUCCAGAUUUGUAAGAUUUUCCUUUUGUCCUGAGAACAUCCACGACACAUGGCCUCAAAGUCACUGUGCUGCUCUACCAUCCCCUUUCUUUUAAAGUGCGAUAUGAUUCACAGGACUUUUGUAAAUACUCAAACCUCUGUACAUAUAUGUCGUGUAUAUACUGACAGGGGAGAAAUUUAAAUAUAUAUAUAUAAAUAUAAAUAUAUAUAUAUAUAUAGACAGAUAGAUAGAUAGAUAUAUACAAAUACUGUAUUAAAAAAUAUAAAUGACGAUGAACAUUAUAACAUUAUACUGUACAGAUAAUAUUAUAAUGUCGCUGGUUCUAGCACAAUAAUGCCACACUGACACAAAAUAACAUCGAGUAGAUUUCGCACAGUAAAAAUUAAAAAUGGUACAGUAGAUCUCUCGGCACUGACGUAGGCUCAAGGUUAAAUCUAGUUUGUAGGUUUUCUAAAUAAACAGCUGAUAGUGCUCGUUUUCAGAUUCUUGACUAAGAGUUAAUUAAAAGAGAUAGCAGACAGCAGAUAAUGAAUCUCCUCAGUUCCUUCAUUAGAUUUAAGAUGUGAUUUUAGAAUGAGAACAUAAAGAAAAUGCUUUACACAAGUAGUUCAAAAAGAAAAAAAUGACAUUUUCUACAAUUUAGGGCUGCGAUUAAUGAUUAUUUUCAUAAUUGAUUAAUGAUGGUUGAUUAAUCAAUUAAUAAUUUGGUCUAUAAAAUGUCAGAAUAUAGCGAAAAAUGUUUCAUAAAGCUUAAAGUGCUGUAUCUAAUAGCUUGUUUACGCCAACUAACACUUGAUAAUCUAUAGAUACACAGUUUACUAUCACAUAAGAGAAGCGAAAUCCUCACAAUAUUAAAGCUGAAACAAGAUUUUUUGGGGCAUUUUUGUUUGAAAAAUUACUUUAAUGAUUAAACUGAUGAUCAAAAUACUAACAAAUUAUUUUUCAUCCAUUCAGACUCAGCUCUACUACAGUUCACUGCAGUUACUGGAUUUAAUCAGCUGAGUUUAAAUCAGUCCAGCAUAAAAUGCUCUCACCAGUAUUUCUACUUUGAAUAUUUAAAGAAAAACUAAACACUGACCACAAAACCGUUUUUUUAGAAAGUUAUUGUUGCGUUUAGGCUGUGCCGAGGUGAGUGGUCUGUCCUGUCUUUGUCUGGAUUUCUGUGUAACAAUGUGCCGCUCUUCGUUUUGUACUAAAGGGUAAUCCGAUCAAGGCUUGUACAUAGAGUAUUCAUCCAAAACAACUUUAUUAACAAUAGCCCUGUCGAGCAGAGAGAGUGGUGGAGACACAGCUUCCAGUGUUACAGCUUUUUGCGAGCAUGCCCUUUGAGCACUAAAAUACGAAGGCCUUGUUUUUGAAAAUGAAUAGGUGGAAUGUACCGGUGAAGUUCACUUCGUAGGUCGUGAUACAGGCGGAUCGUGUGUGUGUCGUGGACUUAGUUACAGUAAAAGAGGGUGAAGGGGUAUUUGAUAAAAAAAAAAAAAAGUGUGUAAGUCCUAAUUUUCGGGGCAGGGGGUGUUUGAUUCGACAUUGUCCUGUGUGAAACUCAGCAGCAUGCUUUUUAACCAUGCCUAUGAAAUAUGUCUCAUCUUUGGUCCUAUCUAAACGUGCUUGUAUUUAUUUUUUAUAAGUGAAUAGAUCAACCUUUACAAGAGAAGAAGUCAGUGCUCCCCUUGACCUUUUUUAGUCAAACUUCCCAUUGAUUCUGCCGACAAUGUGUUCGAAUCAUUCAUGAUUACUGUUUGUUUUCACCUUGUUUCUUCUGUGUUACAUUAAUACAGUAUGCUCCACCUGUUUUAUCAAUAGGAGAAAAAAAAGCACAUAAGACUCAAAACAGAGAAUCAAAAAUCUUCAUGAUAUGAUGGAAGAGAGGACAUGUGUGCUCUGAGGAUUUACACUGAAAUCAUAUAACAAGCAAGAGAAGAAAAAAACGUGCUGCAUAUAGGUUUGUUUUUACCCAUACAGUUUGUAGAUUACACUGUGGUGCAUGCAGCCAUUGCAAGUACAUCUCCAAUCAUCUUUUCUUUUUUUCUUUUUUUUUGCUUAAGUUUAAGUUCCAAGUAACGGGGGCCAAAAUAAAAAGGGAACACAUACGUGAUCAAGGAAUUUUUUCAGACUUAAAAGUUCUUUGUGUCAAACUGUAGUGAUGCUGUGGACUCUUUAAAGUUUGGAGUGAAGAGGAAAUGCCUUUUCUUGGACAUGCUAUCUCCCGGUCACCAAGUGGAACACAGUGUAAGAUAAAAGAAAAAAAAAAAGAAGAUAAUCCUCAUCCGAAUGUUGAAACUAUUAAAAAUGUUUUUAUAUUA